AGGAGGUAGAGGGUGAUGGUGGGGGGGAGGCCACCGGCGGCUCCCCGCGUGCUCGAGGGGCCGGGGCGACGCGGUGGCAGCGGCGACGGCGCGGAGAGGUGGAGCAGCCCACGGGGAGAGCGAGAGCUGCAUCCCCGCCAUCGCUCCCCGCAGCAGUAGCAGCAGCAGCAGCAGCAGCAGCAGCCGGAACGCCGCCGAGAUUCCUUGGCCGAGCAUCUCCGCAUCCUCCGUGGGGCUGACAGCAUCGCUCACCGCUGCUGCAAUUGGGGUAGGGGCUCGCCACCCCCCCCCAGAGUGGGGUGGGGGGGUGUAUAUGGAGAUAACACAACCCCCACCCCCCAGCGUGGGUUUAGGCGUUUAGAGCCGGGGAGAGGCAAUCUGUUUUGUUUUUUUUUUCUUCGGUGGGGUUUUAUUUUCCCUGCGAGUGGUUCGGUGGGAGUGGGAAUUAGCGGAGGCGUGCGGGGAGGCUGCGGGGGAGGGUAAGGGGGAGGAGAGCGGAGCGGAGAUGCUGCCCUGGCGCCGGAGCAAGUUUGUGCUGGUGGAGAAUGAGCGUAAGUGCAAAGGGAAGAGCCUGGGGCCGGGGCUGAGCUACGCGGCGCUGCUGGCUGGCUUCCUCCGCUCCUGCCCGGACCUCCUGCCCGACUGCCCGCUGGAGCGAUUGGGCAGCGUCUUCCGCGGCAAGCGCCAGAAAGUGGAGCUGAAUAAAGAGGACCCAACCUACACCGUGAGGUACUUGGGCAACGCCGUCACCCUGCACGCCAAAGGCGAAGGCUGCACCGAGGAAGCGGUGGGCAAGAUCUGGGCUAAAAGCGACGCCGGAGCCGGCGGAGCCAAGAUGAAGCUGACGCUGGGACCCCAAGGGAUCCGCAUGAGCCCCUGCGAGAAGGGCGCCCGGCGGCUGGGCCACGCGUACCUGCUGCACCGCAUCACCUACUGCGCCGCCGACCGCCGCCACCCCAAGGUCUUCGCCUGGGUGUACCGGCACCAGGUGAAGAACAAGGCGGUGGUGCUGCGCUGCCACGCCGUCAUGGUCUCCAAGGCAGACAAGGCCCGCGCCAUGGCCCUGCUGCUCUACCAGACCUCGGCCUCCGCCUUCAACGAGUUCAAGAGGCUCAAGAGGCAGAACGACUUUCGCCACGUCCAGCAGCAGCUCCUGGGCGACGCCAUCGUCCCCCUGGUGCCCCUCCGCAAGCUGCUCAACGCCAAGUGUCCCUACCGCCCGCCCGCCGAGCGGGCUCGCUGCGCCCCGCGCCUCAGCUCCAUCCUGGAGGAGGAGGAGGAGGAGGCUGCCUUCGGCAGCGGGGCACCCCUGGGGGACGGCGGCCCCGGCGAGCGAGCCGCCGUGCUGCGGCUGGCCAGGGAGAUGAGGGGCUGCAGCCUGCGUGGCCCCCGGGCUGCCCUCUGCUGAGGGUGGCUCCCCCCUCCAGCCCCAACCCCAGCAUCCUGGGGCUGAGGUGUCCUCUGCAAGCCAGACCCUCCCUGGGGACAGAUGCGGACGAGGUGGCUUCCUUUACCAAGAAGGCCCUCGGGAGGAUGGGGGUUUGCACCCCAGGAGGGGCUUUGCACCCCCCCGGGCCCUCGCUGGCCCCCCGCACAUGGACCCUUUCUCGUGCCUCCGCAGCAGCAGCAGCAGCAGCAGCAGCCAUAAUAAAGUGCAAUGUGUGGUUUUGUGUGGUGUAA